UUUCCCCAGCCUAAGAUUGGAGAUGUUGUAAAAAUUUUUUACGCAGAUCGACGGACACCGGUAGUUUACAGUUUAAGAAGGAAAAAACAUUACUUAUUUUUAGUUUUAAAUUACGGGGAAAAAAUGUACCACAAAAGUGUCGCGGUUCGUUUAGCGUACGGUUCGAUGUCGCUUUUCAUAGCGAUUCUUCACAAUGUAUUCCUUUUGUAUUACGUGGACAUAUUUGUUUCUGUCUACAAGAUCGAUCGUAAUUCCUUUUGGUUGGGAGAGGCCAUUUUUCUAGUAUGGAACUCUCUUAAUGAUCCUCUCUUUGGCUGGCUGAGUGAUCAUAAAGCACUUGGAAAAAACCAGUCAAGCCUUAGCCACCCAGAGAUUGUUCAAAAACGUUUUAGGGCACUAAUGAAAUAUGGACCACUGUUCACAUUGUCCUUCUUAAGCAUCUGGUUCCGCUGGGGUCAUCCAUCAAUCCAGUUUGUUGUCUGUCUGUGUUUGUACGACGGCUUUCUAACAAUGAUUGACUUGAACCAUCUGGCAUUACUUGCCGACCUGGCACUGUCAUCUGAAGAUCGGACCUCUUUGAACUGGUACUGCUCAGUAUUCAGUGGUUGUGGUUCAUUGUCUGUGUUUCUGUCAUACCAAUUCUGGGAUAGGGACAACAUGACCUCAUUCCAUGUAUUUUGUGCAUUACUUGCUGUGUUUUCUCUGGUUGGAUUCCUAGUCAGUUCUGUUUUGCUGAAGCAGCAUUUUCUCUCAAAGAAAGUUAAAGUGGACACUCCUGAGGAAGAAAAAAAAAUAGAAGUGCAAUCCACGAUACCAGAGGCUGAUCAAGCUCUUGAGCUAAAGAUCUUUGUCAAGCAGCUGAUGACCCAUUCAAACUUCAUUUGGUUUGCUCUCAUGAACCUAAUACAAGUAUUUCACUGUCAUUUCAACAGCAACUUCUUCCCACUCUUCCUUGACAAGUUACUUGGGGACUCAAUUUCUCCACAGACAGGUGCCAUCUUGUUGGGCGUGUCGUUUGUCGCCCCUCACGUCAACAAUCUUUAUUUCUUGGGUUUAUGUCGUCGUUUUGGAGUGUACUCUGUCAUCAAGUGGUUAUUCUAUGUUAAGCUCGGGCUGAGUGUGAUAAUGCUGAUGGUUGGACCUAAUUGGCCUAUUUUGCUUUGUUUUUACAUAGCGAGCAAUCGGGUGUUCACAGAAGGAACUUGUAAACUUCUCAACCUGAUCAUCAGUGAUCUCGUGGACGAAGAUUUUGUUCUUCACAACCGUAAACAAGCUAUAUCAGCCUUGAUAUUUGGAACUUCAGCGCUUUUCUCCAAGCCCGGCCAGACGUUAGCGCCGCUUAUUGGAACAUGGCUUUUAGCCGAACAGACCGGUCACUCACUCUUUUACUCGGACGAUCUUUGGGCGUCCUCUUCCAACAGCAGAACUAGUUUUCACGACAGCACUAAUAACACGUUACGCUGGGGAUGUUUUUAUGUUCUCGUUUACGUUCCAAUCGCGUGCGCGUGCAUCCAGAUUCUAGCGUGGACGCGGUUUAAAUUGCACGGGAAUAGACUUCAGUGGGUGAAACAAAUGCGCGAAGGGCGAUGGUUUUCAUCUUCAGAGGUUUAAAAUAAAUGGUUUAAAAUAGUCUUUCAAGUUUCACUCUCAAAGCGGAAAUCGUGGUGCCGUUGCCACUUGGAAAGUGCUGCAGACAAACACUGGACAACGCUUUGUUGGUUUCCAAACUUUCCAGUCAAUCCAUAGUUAAUGUAUGGUCAAUCAGAGCCAAAGUAACAAACACGUGUUCAAGAUAUGUGGUUUUUAUUGGCUAGUUCAUGUGAAAUCAACAUGAACGUGUUAAUAUAUAAAAACAUGUCAAAUAUUUAUGAAACAGGGCUGAAGCCUGUGAUACAAUGCGUUUCACGUUAAAAUUGGCCAGCUAAUCAGGCAGUUUCAAUCAUUAGGGACGUAUUUCAUUGAAAACAAAUUUUGAGGUUUCUGCGAAAAUUAGCACCUUAUUUGGAAAUAAAAGAUAUAUUUUGGAUAGGAUAAGAUAAUUUUAAAGAAAUAAAAUUGAAAAUCUA